AUGGUAUUUGGUGAUGGUGUAUGUAAUUUACCCUCUGGAUCACGGCAGUUAUCCAACUUGCCAGAACAGAGUUCAGUCACGGCAUCGUUUCUUGGCAGUCUAAAAGGCAGUAUAAUAGCAAUAGUAAAAUCAGAAUUUGAGCUGGAGAAACUACAAGAUAAAAAUACAACUAUCACAGAAGUCCUAGAUAUAAUAGUUAACAAUUCACUGGAAAAUGCAAGUAAUAUAAAAACCACGCAAGGAGCGAUUAAACAUGCUGAUUCUUUCAUCAGUGGUUUAAAGAAGACAGCGGAUGAUGUUCAGAAACAGCUAGAUCAGGAUCCUUGUAUAUUGAUAAAUGCGUGCCAUAAGUCAUUUCUUUACACAUGCAAAGACAGUAAAAACGUAAAGAAUGGCACUUGCAAGCACAGAUGUGACAUAGAACCAGGUUUAUGUGGUGAAAAUGGGGUUUGCUUCUACGAUAUUGCAGAUAGCGUCAUAGCAUGCAAAUGUAAAACAACUUCGUUUCAUGUGUAUCACGGUGUGCACUGUGAGGAAUCGACAGCGACAAAAGAGUUUGUACUAGCUGUAUCCCUCGGUGCCGGAGGUGGAAUUAUUCUGAUAUUUGGUUUGGUUAUAACAUGUUUAUGCAUCAGGCAAAGAAUAAAAAAGAAAAAACAUAAUACAAGCGGAUACUGCAUGUCUGAGUGGGACUUGCCGAGCAAUAAUCAAGCAUUGAAGGACUUCAGCUCUCGAUCGAGUAUGAAUAAAUCCGAUCCAUCAUACGUACGGUAUUAUAAAUCACCGUCUCACAUCAAUCAGCCAUAUGGACCAAUCUUUUCCGGAAGUGGCCACGGAAGAAGUCAUCCCAUGUACCUACCGGACGGCGGCGAAAAUGUGACAAAUCUUUUAAACAAACAGUAUUAUUCUUCAAUAGAUCCAUUUGCUGAUUAUUCCAUUAGACGACCUAACUUCACACCGAGAGCUAGCCACGUUUACAACAGUACAUACCUUAAUAAUUCCUCAGAAUCACCAAGGGACAGGCAUCAACAUUACUUUCCAGAAAUAAGCACAUCAUUAUAACAAAUAGUGUUAUAAGAUAAUAACGGCCGAUUUGAAAAAAAAAAAAUCCAUACUUUUCCAAGAUAUUUUUGUAAUUUUGUUAAUAAAGAUAGUUGAAAGAAUAAUCCGGAGACGAACUAUUAAUUUAAAUAUUUAUUUUUGACAUGUUUCAAUCAAACAAAGUGUUUACCGUAGUCUACAUAGAUAUCUACAAUUUGAUCACUUUAUUUUCAUAUUCAAUGUAUCAGUGUUCGUAUGUGUCAAAAUUGUGUUGUUUUCAUUUUGUUGAGGACCUCAAAGAAGAUUCAUAAUCGCAAUAUAUUCCUAAAAUGAGCUCUCGUUAAAUGCACAUUAAGUAUUCUGAAUGUGAAAAAUAAUUGUCUUUAAAAAAGUAAAAGUUGCAAAAUGUAAAAAAAUACGAAUUUACUAUAUAAUACAUGUAAAAGGCAAAAAAUCAGAGAUAUGAUAAACGAGUAACAUUUUGGAAACUUGUAAAAGCUCACCAAAAAAAGGCUUUUUCAGAGGGAGGGACAAAUGUUUUAACCUCUACCCUGCCGGCAGCAAAUGAAUCUACUCAUAAAACUAGUGCAGACCAAGAUCAGUCAGCAAAAAUAUAAAUAUCGGCAUUUUGGGGCUAAAUGUGCCUUUAAAUAAAGAUAAGUAAUUCGAAUUUGGUUAAUGGUACGAGUAAUAAUAAUUUUACCAAAUUCAUGUGAUAAUUGUCUACCAAUACUUAGUCACGUGAUAUCUCGAACUAUUAUCAUUGUACAUGAUGAAUACAUGUGUAAUACUUUUUUAAUGAUAUGUCUUUUUAUUUUGUUAAGUUUUGUAGUCCCUGUUUUAUAGCUAUACAUAAAGUAAAGUACUCUGUAGAUUAAUUAAUUAAAUGUGAUUUAAUGUAUUUUUAUAUUGUUUUGUACAAAUACAUAUAAGUCCCUGUUUUAUGACUAUACAUUAAAGGCACAUUAUGCCUCAGAAAUAAAUAUGUUUUAUUCUAAAGAAAUGUCAAGUAUGUGUUUAACAAUGUUUUAAUAAUGCAUUUAAAUCAUGUAAAAUGUUUUACAACUGAAGAAAGUAGCGCUGAACGUUAUCAUAUGUGUCAUAAAGGUGGCAAAAUGUAAACAAAAUAGUAUUUUGACUUCCAUACAAAAUACUAAUUCACUAUAAUUAUAUCAAUUACCAACAGAGCAAAGAAAGAAAAAAAUAGUUCAUCUAUGUGGCAAAUUGGUAUCUUUUUUUUUUUAAACUGUAACAAAAAUGUUUUGAAAAAAAAAGAUAACAUUUCUGAAGCAUAAUGGGCCUUUAAGAAAAUGUAUUGAUUACAUGUUAUUUCUUUUCAAUUUUAUCAUAUAUACAUUAUAUAUACAUUAUGUUAUAAUAUAUUUUUGUUAUACAGAGAAAAAAAUAUG